AUGACCGAAGCUCUGACCACAAUGCAUCCCAAAUUCCACCCGAAGACGACACCGACCCUAAUGGACAAGCGGGCCGUUCGACGCGAGCAAUGUCGAGUGAACCAAGCUCGUUAUCGAAAAAGACAGCGAAUCUGGAGACGCAAUCUCCAACAGGAAAAGCAGCGAGUGGAAGAGGAGAUCCAAGGGCUCGAACUGAAGAGACAGAGCAUCCGGUUCGAGCGAAAAACCAACCAAAGCCCAUGGACCAUUAUUGGAGAAGUGUUUCAUCUCUUAGAAGACGGCUUCCGAUCUCCCUGGCGACUGGCGAGCAUGGGGGAGAUGAUGAAGCACCCGGAGACGCGACAGAGCCUUAAGUUCAUGCAGAGAUCCCUGGUUCAUGACGUGGCCAUGGGCGAAUUACGUGGUAUCAAUGCACUCAUGGACCAGUGGAGACGCUACUCACUGUAUUUCGGGGAACCUCAUGUCGAACUUAAGCGAGUUGAGGCUGUAACACCAGGCGUCGUGUUUGCAGUUGCCACGCUCAGUGUGUCCAUCACGGAAUUUACGGUGAAAUGGGUUUUCCCACAUCUCAAAACCCCGAACGACACAGUGCCGAUGCUGGAUAAGAAACUCGUUGGUCAGCGUAUUGACUGCAACUGUACCGUGACAUUUCUCUUUGCUGAAGACAAUGGCCGUAUCAUACGUCUAGAGCCCAACAUCGACUUAGUUUCGCCCAUGCUUCAGCUGUUUGGGAGAAUCUCUGACGUGUCAGUCGUGCUAGGACAAGCUCUACUUACGUCGGAGGGUGUAGUUGGUGAUAUGCUGGGAAGUGGCAGAGACUAA